GAAUGAGGAAAGCGGGGUGAUUAGCCAGCAGCUGUAGCUUGCAACACCCCGUGGGGCAUUGUGUGUGUUUGUGUGCUUGAGUGGGCAGGGGGCGGAAAGGGCAGUGUGCCGGGGGCCAGCCUCGGAAGUUUGUAGCCUUGCUCGGAGCUGCGUCGCCCCUCCGGAGGCUGUUACAAGGGGCUCCCCAGUCAGCGGGAGUUAGAAGGCUUUGGGAAGCGUGGUGUAUGCGUGUGGAAGCGUCAGGGAGACCGGGAUGGAGGCGACAAUGGGCACCACCAGGCACAGCUGGCACUUGUAGAGCAGGGCCGCGUCCCUGAGCCGGGCGGGCUCCCUCAUUGGGCUGCAGCACCGUUUACACCUCCUCAAAGCCAUCACCCAGGAGAGAGGCGUAGGUAGGAUGCUGGACCUAGGUGUCCCAGAGCCUUAAGGUGCAUUCAGACAGUGCUGAAUCCAUUUCUUUUGUGACUUAGUAGCUGAGGAGAUUUGGGUGGCAGAUUUUUGGUGAGAGGUUUAGGGGCUUUCCUACCAUUUCAAUGGCCAACACUCGGAGUAUUGAGCUGGAACAUUUUGAGGAGAGGGACAAAAGGCAGCGGCCAAGCUCCAGGAGAGGGGGGCCCAGUUCCUCAGGGGGCAGCAGCAGUUCAGGCCCCAAGGGGAAUGGGCUCAUCCCUAGCCCCGCACACAGUGCCCACUGCAGUUUCUACCGCACCCGGACCCUGCAGGCCCUCAGCUCCGAAAAGAAAGCCAAAAAGGCCCGCUUCUACCGGAAUGGGGACAGGUACUUCAAAGGCUUGGUCUAUGCCAUCUCCAGUGAUCGCUUUAGGUCCUUCGAUGCCCUCCUCAUGGAGCUCACCCGCUCCCUCUCAGACAAUGUGAACCUGCCUCAGGGAGUCCGAACCAUUUACACCAUUGAUGGCAGCCGGAAACUCACCAGCCUGGAGGAGCUGGUUGAAGGUGAAAGCUAUGUAUGUGCAUCUAAUGAACCAUUUCGAAAAGUUGAUUACACCAAGAAUGUUAAUCCAAAUUGGUCAGUGAACAUCAAGGCUGGCUCGACUCGGCCAGUGACUCCAUUAGCUUCUACAAAGAGUGAAGUGAAGGAAAGCAAAGAUUUCAUCAAGCCCAAAUUGGUGACUGUGAUUCGAAGUGGAGUGAAGCCUCGAAAAGCUGUGAGGAUCCUGCUGAAUAAAAAGACAGCCCAUUCAUUUGAGCAAGUCUUAACAGACAUAACAGAAGCCAUUAAAUUAGAUUCGGGUGUUGUCAAGAGGCUCUGUACACUUGAUGGAAAGCAGGUUACUUGCCUACAAGACUUUUUUGGUGAUGAUGAUGUUUUUAUCGCCUGCGGACCCGAAAAAUUCCGUUAUGCUCAAGAUGACUUUGUCUUGGAUCACAGUGAGUGCCGUGUCUUGAAGUCAUCAUAUUCUCGUUCCCAUGGUACAGCUAAGCAGUCUGGAUCCAAAAGUCCUGGGCCUUCACGUCGCAGCAAAUCACCUGCCUCAGUAAAGAGGGGUGGCCUCUACUCCACUGUUCAUUCUACAGCUAAAUCCCCAGUUAAUGGGACUCCUAGCAGCCAACUUUCUACUCCCAAAUCAACAAAAUCCUCCAGUUCUUCUCCAACCAGUCCAGGAAGCUUUAGAGGACUCAAGAUUCCACCACACUGUGGCUCUGCUUCCAAUGUGAAUGGUGGACCCGAGCUGUACCGUUGCCUGAGUCCUGAAGGUGUAAAUGGAAACAGGUGUUUUGAAUCAUCAACUCUUCUUGACAAAUACAGAAUUGGGAAGGUCAUUGGUGAUGGCAAUUUUGCUGUGGUGAAGGAAUGCAUGGAGAGGUCUACUGGAAAAGAGUUUGCCCUAAAAAUUAUUGAUAAAACCAAGUGCUGUGGAAAGGAACACCUGAUUGAGAAUGAAGUGUCAAUACUGCGCAGAGUUAAACAUCCAAAUAUAAUCAUGUUGAUCGAGGAAAUGGAUACUGCUACUGAGCUUUUUCUGGUGAUGGAAUUAGUCAAGGGUGGUGAUCUCUUUGAUGCAAUUACUUCCUCAACCAAGUAUACAGAGAGAGAUGGGAGUGCGAUGGUGUACAAUCUGGCCAGUGCCUUGAAAUAUCUUCAUGGUCUCAAUAUCGUGCAUAGAGACAUCAAGCCCGAGAACCUUUUGGUGUGUGAAUAUCCAGAUGGAACCAAAUCUUUGAAACUGGGCGAUUUUGGGCUGGCCACUGUGGUUGAAGGGCCUUUAUAUACUGUCUGCGGCACACCUACUUAUGUGGCUCCAGAAAUCAUUGCUGAGACUGGCUAUGGCCUGAAGGUGGACAUCUGGGCAGCGGGUGUGAUCACAUACAUCCUCCUCUGUGGAUUCCCACCAUUCCGCAGUGAGAAUAACCUUCAGGAAGACCUCUUUGAUCAGAUCCUUGCUGGAAAGUUGGAGUUUCCUGCCCCCUACUGGGAUAACAUCACUGACUCGGCAAAGGAAUUAAUCAGCCAAAUGCUGCAGGUCAACGUGGAAGCUCGAUGUACGGCCGGACAGAUCCUGAGUCAUCCCUGGGUGUCAGAUGACGCCUCCCAGGAGAAUAACAUGCAAGCUGAGGUCACAGGUAAACUGAAGCAGCACUUUAACAAUGCCCUCCCCAAACAGAACAGCACAAACACCGGCGUCUCCGUCAUCAUGAACACGGCUCUAGAUAAAGAGGGUCAGAUUUUCUGCAGCAAGCACUGUCAAGAUGCCAGCAAAACCGGGAGGGAGCAAACCUCUCCCCUUCCUUCUCCUGCCAAGGAGCCUCCCAAGCCCGAGUCUGCAGACCGCCAUCCCUUUGCUUCUCCGGAGACCCCUGCCUCCCCCAGCCCCCGUGCAGCCGGCGGUGACCGCGCCGGGUCCUGGCGGCGCCUCCGUGACUGACGUGGCCUGCGGCCCAGGGGGACGUUGGGAAGCCCAGUCUCUCCUCCCCCCUUCCCUCUCCCUGCCGUGGCCUUUUUUGUGACCCCGGGGACUCACGGCCUGCUGUUGGGGAGUACUGUGGCUUGUGGGAAACUUCUGGAGCUCUGGCAUCUGCCUUGAACAUGCUGUGGGAUGGACUCGGACAAACACAUUUUGAGCUUUUUUAAACAUCCGAUUUUCUGUUUAAUGGGCACUUCGACCCUCUCCCCUUAUCCCUUCCCAUCAGCAGGACUCAUAACUUUCUCAAGCACUAACUAAUUGCAUUUUUGAAAUAGAAAUCCUUUGGAUGGACGAAGAUAUUUCCUUUCUUUGAAAAUGAAGAACUCUGCUAGACAAACAUUUUUCUGUCACAGAAGCAAAACCUUUUUAUUUGCUUCUUAGCUCAUUGGCACAGGCCAGUGUCUUGUCAAAGAGAUGCAUCAGUGUGGAAAAGGUAAGCACCAAGAGGGAGGAGAAAUACGGUCACUGGACCCAGUCCUCCCAAACCUGGACCUAGAGAAGAGGUGACGGUAACGAAGAACACCGAUUAGUUUUACUGCUCAUGAAAACACUGGGUAUUUAUUUAUUUGUUCGAGAUUAGUGGGAAAUGGCGUUUCUUUCCUAUACGUUCCAAAGUUUUCCUUUUGCUCUCCUCUUCAAAAGUCACAUUUCCCAGGCACUUUUAGAAAUAACAAAUCAAUAUUUGGUGGCUCGACUAUCUGGUGCCAGAGGAUCUGGAUUUGGGCUUGUUUGCCCUCCUACGGAAAGUAGACAAAGAAGAUGGAGUUCAAUUGCCUGAAGGGGCCAGAGAUGUUCCCUUCCAUCCUCGUGCUUCUGCUUCUUGUGCCCGGCAGAUCCUGGCAAGGACCACUGAGAUGAAGGACCUUGAACAUUCUGCAGCCUGAUGCCCUCGGAGGAAGAUAGUGCACCCUCGCUAGUGCGGGGAAAGGAGGCUUUUCCUUCCCGUCUCUUACUUUGCUCAUUUCAGUAAUGUCUCUAAUCCACUGAUUUGGUUUUACGCGCUCAUCUUCCACAAGCAAGACCCAUGUGAUUCAUUCUGGCUUGAUAUUCUAAGUUUGCAGUACUAACAGACGUGCAAUAAACUUUUUUUUUUGAUGAGAAAACAAUCGUUAGUUGGAGGGAGGGAAGAGCCAAAGUCACUUCAUUGCUCUUGAAGACUCUUGGACCCAUUACUUUAUUUCUGUCAAGGUCUGCUUUGAGCCAGUUUUAGCAGAAAGCAGCACCUCUUUGGGCUGGGGCCAGCAUCGAGGAGGAUAUGGGGAUGGCUCUAAUCUUUAGGGAUAACUAAUGGAAGGAAAAAAGGCAUUCUUAGACCUGUUUCUUUCAAAGAUAUCCCAGACAGAAAAAGGUAGAAUAUAAAUAGUAAUGGAGUGAGGAACACUCAUCCAAGUGUAGGAACCAGAUAGACUUAGAGAAAAAUGUGUGUGUGGUUGAAAGAUUAUGGUUUCAUUUAGAAGUGACUAAGUUUGGAGAGGGCUGGACCAUGCUGAAAACCCAAAUAUGACCCUAAUACAUGAUCCAUCAGCUCUUGACUGAGUCAGAUGAAGAUAGGCUGUCACAUUUACUGGGAACAAGUGGUCUUAGCUAAUCUGGUACUUGCAUCACACGUUUUGAUACUGGUUUGCUUUAGGCCAUUUGUCCCAUUACUUUUUCCAUUUCUGCAAAAGGAAGAUAAAACUUAUUGUUUGCUUUGUGCUAAAGGCUAGUUAGUAAUCGGAUAGAGAGGCGCUUUGUAGGGAAAGGUGAGAAACUACCUAAAAUUAGCUUAGGGAAGCCAAACUAAUAAGCUUGUUUCUUAUUGGAAUGGGGGAUGCCCUAGUAUAGUAUUCUGUUCUGAGCUUGCCAUGUGACCCAAUUUUUCAUGCCCUCCUUUUGAUUGAUGGGACAAAGUAUGGCCCCCAUCCUGGCAAAGCCCACGAGGCUCUGUCCUUGCACCUGACUGUUUGACCUUGUUAUCAAUGAUUUAUAUGAAGACAUGCAAAAUCUGCUGAUUAAAUCUGUGGCUAAUAGGAAGCUGGGUUGGAUAGCAAAUAAGUGCUUUAUAAAGAGAGGCGGAAGGGACUGCACAGGCCAUCUGGUUCGACCCCUUCCUUUUACAGAUGAAAAAAACAAGGGCCAUGGAGGUUAAGUCCAGGUCACAUGGAUAGAAGUAUCAGAGAUUGGAUUUGAAGAUGACAAUCAGGCUCCAAACUAAUCUUGAUAGACUGGAGUGAUGGAGCCAGGCCAAGGUAAAAUUUAAUAAGGGAGGGGGACGGUUCAUGUAUUACCUUACAUUUAGUUUUAUGAGAAAUGUAUAAAGAUAGAAUCAGGAGGAGCUAGGUUGGGUGAUAGUUGUUUGUGUCAAAAAUCAAGCAGUUGUUAACAUGUGAAGUGAAAAAAAAGCCCCACGGUUAAUCUUCGGUUCCGUUAAUUAGUCCUCUGGAGUUUGGGCUCAGUCCUGGGCGCCACCUCAUAAAUGGGAACAUUUGUGAGCUCUCGGGGGACCAGCCACGGGAAGAACGGCCUGGAGGGCCUGGGGAUGAUUAAUAAAGAAAAGUGCUGGGCAGGGGAAGACAUGGUCGCUUCAGCUUCUUGUAGGAAUUUCAUGUUGAAAAGAAUCAGAUUUGUUGGGUUUGGUCCAGAGCGUGGAGGCGGGUAGGGCAGCAGUGACAAGGAGGCAGAUUUGGGCCUGGUGCAGAGAAGAACUGUCCCAGCUCCUUAGAAUUGUACGGGAGAGGCCGCCUACCAACGGGGGUCCUAUAGAAGAGGCUGGAUGGGUGACUGUUCGUCCGAGAUGUUCCCGAGGGGUUUCCUGCAGGGGGCAGGAGGUUGGACUAAAUGACCUUUUAAGUGCCCUCCAACCGUUGCGAUGUCAAGGCAUUCAGAGCACGCAUCUGUUAAACACCCUUCGGUUUGUUAUCUUGCAGAAAGAGUUCAGGAUCCGAACCUGCGGCCUUCCGUUCUGGGCUUACGCCAGUUCCGGCGUGGCUUCCUUAACUGUUGUUGCGUUAGCGGCUUAGGGGUGUCUGCCACGGCAAAGCUCUGCAGUCGGUCUCUGUAGCUCAUCCUCAGCCUUGGCGCUGUCUUGAGGUUACCAGGGAAAAAAAACCUGACAGGUGAUAACUGGCUAAGCGAGGGCCUUAAUUACUGGGGAAUUUCUCCUCGGAUGAAAAGCAAACUUAGGGGAAGCAACAGGGGCAAGUAGUUUUCCCACACUGGGUUUGGUUCGUUUGUUUGAAGUUUAAGGAUCAGACGGCGGUCAAUACGGGGAAAGGAGGAAGGAAAUGAAAAAGAAAUCGGAAACCGAGGCAGCCCAUUCUUCCUGAUCUGCGUGUGAGGGAGGACUGACUAUUGUGACAAUUUGCUUUCUUUCAAGGAAUAAAAACCCCAUAGAAGAUCUGAUUUCUCCUAUUGUAGCCUCCAGCUCCAGCGACUUGAUGACAUUUGCAGGUGUCUGGCCUCUCCUGAUUUGUGGAGGAAAUCCAUUCUCGCACCUUCUUCCAGACUUGGGACUGAGUGCUCUUUUGGGCUCUUCCCUCUAAUCUCAGUGGAGUUUUGGAAACUAAUCCAGUGUCCCUAAUAGUUGUGAUCAGGAUUUUGGACACCUACAAAAGCUGUCAUAUAAUCAGCUUUAAUCUUGCUGUAAGGAAAAUUCAAAGGCUGAUGUUUUUUCCCUGUUCAAGGUACAUUUUCCUUUCUGGCGUAUUUCCAUUUGAUAUUCCCCAAACUAAUUUCUUCCCGUGCACCGGCCACCCACGAAGCACACACAACAUGGAAUGGAAUAAAUGUUAUAAAAUGAGGAUCUUUGUAAUCAAGUGCUAAAACAUGGGGAUGCUGUCGCCACUACUUGGAGGAGAAGCGGCGCUGUAUAGAUGUGGGUAUGGUUUUUAAUGUGUUUAAAUAGGUUAGUGUAAGGAUAUGCACAUAUCCAUCUUUUGGUGUGUUUGAUGUCUGUAAGCAUAGGUGGGUCUGCUAUGAUUCUCAAUGAUGUCCUUAAACUGCUCGUAGAAUGGGGCCGUUCUGUAUGGAUCCCGGACCCCUUGGGCAGUAUGGUGAAACCUGUGGGCCCUUUUUUAGAAUGAUGUUUCUAAGUGCAUAAAAUAAAAUAUGUAGGAUUACAAAGGAAAAAAUUUACAUUGGAAUAGAAUUUUUUUCUCACCGAAGUUCAUGGACCAUUUCUGAAAUCAAUCCAUGGCCUCCAGAUUAAGAAGUCCUAAUAUUGCUACUACCCCACCCCACUGGGAAUGCUAAUUAUAGAUGGGAGCAAAGGAGUAUGGUGAUUUAAAGGGAUAAAGGACUGUCCAACCAAGUUUAUCUUUGCUGAAUAGCAAAAAGUGUCUAGUGAAAAAUCUCUACUCUUGAUUUCAUAUCCCUCUGGAUAGAAACUACUUUGAUUUCCUAAUUAAAUGACUGUUCACUGAA